CUGAGGAAGCCAGUAUUUAUGUUUUUUCUCCAUGCAGCGAACGCAGACCAACAUCGUCCUCAUGGCUUUUUUCCUCGGAUGUUUAAAGGCUUGCGUUUUAUAGUAGCUUUUAUUUCCCCCAUAUUUGUAUAGUUAAUAUUUUAUUUAGUGUUUUUAUUCAUAGUUUUAAGCGUUUACAUGGCUACUACGUUGAGCGGUAAAAACGGCACCCAUGGCAACAGCACAGAGAAGGACAGGUUGUUCUCUUCUGUGUCUCACGGCUACGGCUCCAAUGACAGCAGCGGAGAGCACAGUGACCACGAGCACCGUCAUGGUGACCCCCGGGUGCCCGCCACAGCGUCCGGGGCCUGGGUGGGGCCGGAGCAUGAAGAAGAGGCCUUGCGCAGGAAGCUGAAGUACUUCUUCAUGAGCCCCUGUGACAAGUUCCAUGCCAAAGGCCGUAAGCCCGUCAAACUUGGCCUGCAGCUCCUCAAGAUAAUCAUUGUCACUGUGCAGCUGGUGUUAUUUGGCCUCAGCAACCAGAUGGUGGUGACGUUCAAGGAGGAGAACACCAUGUCCUUUAAGUACCUCUUCCUCAAGGAUUACGACGAAGGCUCCGACAACACCCUAGCCGUGUACACGCAGAGCGACGUCUACGAACACAUGUUCUACGCCGUAGACCAGUAUUUGGUGUUACCGGAGACGACGGUGGGGCGCUAUGCCUACGUGUAUGGGGCUGGGUUCAACGGGAGCGCCCUCUCUCUCUGCCAGCAUUAUUACAAGAAAGGCAGAAUCGACCCGGCCAACGACACAUUCAACAUUGACCCGCAUGUCAUCACAGACUGCGUGGGCGUUAAUCCGAUGUCCAUCCCCCCAGUGCCGAUGACGUUAACCCAUGACUACAAGAACUUCACCCUCAAGUUUUACAAGCUCAUUAACGUGACCAUACAGUUCCAACUAAAAGCCAUCAACAUUCAGACCAUCAUCAACAACGAGAUUCCCGACUGUUACACCUUUCUCAUAACGAUCGUUCUGGACAAUAAGGCUCACAGUGGUAAAGUGAGGAUCAGCCUGGACAACCAGGCCUCCAUCAAGGAGUGUAAAGACCCCAGCGUGUCUGGCCAAGCGGAGAACUACACGCGGCUAACGUUUGACGUGGCAGUGGCCAUGGUGUGCAUGCUGUCCCUGGUGCUGUGUGGCCGCUCCAUCCUGCGAGGCCUGAUACUGCAACAUGAGUUUGUUGAGUUCUUUAAGACCAAUAUGGGUCGUAAGGUAAGCUGGGCUGAAAGGAUGGAGUUCAUCAACGGCUGGUACAUCCUCCUCAUCAUCAGUGACGUCUUCACCAUCACCGGCAGCGUGAUCAAGAUCUGCAUCGAGUCCAAGAACUCGUCGGCAUAUGAUGUGUGUGGCAUCCUGCUGGGAACGUCAACUUUGCUGGUGUGGGUCGGAGUCAUUCGUUACCUCACCUUCUUCCAGAAGUAUAAUAUCCUGAUCGUAACUCUGCGAGCUGCAUUCCCCAACGUGAUCCGGUUUUCCUGCUGUGUUGCUGUCAUCUACCUGGGUUACUGCUUCUGUGGCUGGAUCGUGCUGGGGCCCUACCACGUCAAGUUCCGCUCCCUCUCCAUGGUGUCAGAGUGCCUGUUCUCUCUGAUCAACGGUGACGACAUGUUUGUGACCUUCUCCGAGAUGCAAGAGAGUAGCACGCUGGUUUGGGUCUUCAGCCAGGUGUACCUCUACUCCUUCAUCUCCCUCUUCAUCUACAUGGUGCUCUCGCUCUUCAUCGCCCUCAUCACCGGUGCCUACGAGACCAUCAAGCACCAAACCCAGGAGCCCUACCACAUCACAGACCUGCAUGCAUUCAUUGCGGAGUGCACGGACACACCAUGCUCCGGAAAGUUCCGCGGACUGGAGACCUCGCCCUGCUCCUUCUUCUGCUGCUGUGAUAGAACGACGACGUACGACGAUGUCCUUCUGGUGAACUGACUUGACAGCAGCUCCAGCAAAUGGACGUACAGCGCUCUCUGCUGGUCGUAGUCCCACACUGCAUCCAGAUUGCCAUCCGAAUUACCAUUGAAUCUGGGUCACAGUUGAGCAUAUACUUGAAUUAGGAACUUCAGGUGAAUUGUGUACGGAGAGAACACAAUGAGCUGAAGCCCUAAGUGAACGAUAACCGUGUUUGGAGUGGAGUCAUUGACAAUGCCAACGUAUAUUGUAUCAGUGUUUAACGUUGUGUGGUAACGUGAUUCAACCCAGCAUUCCACACGCAGAAGGAAAGCAGUAUUUUUGGUCCAACAUCUGGCUAUAGACUUUCAUUGCUAAGUUAGUGUUAGUGUUUAGUAAGCUGCACAACAGAAAAUAAAUUUGCCAAGCCUAUAGAUUUAUGAAUGUAUAUAAGUCUAUAGCAGGCUGUGGCAACAGGCAGUGCCAUUGCCCAAACUGGCUCUGUACUGAUUGUUUUUUUUCUGGGGGGAGUCGCUAAAAAGGUUUUGGUCACAAAAAAAGAACAAUGCCAGGAUUUGUUUUAAAGGAAAGGGGGAAAAAUCACCCUCUGAAAUCACCAACAACGAAAAUCAUUUACUUAGGAAAUCAGUUCCCAGUUAUUCCCACAAAUGAAGGCAUUUGGUGAUUGUCUCUAUGUAAUCAAGGUAUGAAAUCCUAGUUAUAAAAAACAAAACAAAAAAAAACAUAUAAAAAAAUACUGUCUUAGUUUGGGCUUAUUCAUGUUACAUUUGCCGUUUACCAAGUACACGUUGUACUUGACCAGCAGUCUCUGGCGUAACAGUGCCCACAAAGAAAGCACUUACUAACAGGCUGCUGUAGCUGUCCCAUUUCGCAUCCUUAUCUGCCAAAAUGGCCUUCAACUCUGCUCAGAUUUCCUGGCAAAUGGUGUUCUAGAGUUUAUGAUGGAGCAACCACCCCAAAAAAAAUGUUGCUCUCACAUCACAAGUCUCCCGGAAGAAAUAUCCAAUGGCUUCUCUAGUUUCAGGUAGCAACAGAAAAGACAUGUAGACAUGUCUGAGGCAGAGCUACAGUAGAAGACGUUGUUCAUCUAGCUGUAUGGCGCACAGGGUAUAUGUCCGCACCAAUGCUAAUUUUUGAGUGUCGGUUUGCACACUACAUGUCAAACACAGUAUAUUGAUUGUGUUUUUGUAGAAUGUUAUUUUUUGUGUUGCUACAUGAUCGGAGUUCAUGAUCGGAGUUCAUGAUCGGAGUUCAUGAUCGGAGUUCAUGAUCGGAGUUCAUGAUCGGAGUUCAUGAUCGGAGUUCAUGAUCGGAGUUCAUGAUCGGAGUUCAUGAUCGGAGUUCAUGAUCGGAGUUCAUGAUCGGAGUUCAUUUGGUAGUUUGCUUGUAGUGAAGUAGUCUGGGAUUAUUUUAAUUCAAAGUUUUCUACCUGUGCUUUUCAACACCGGUGGUUUUGAAUCUUAUCUGUUUUUAAAUGUGCAUUUUAUUUAUUGUAUCUAUUUUGCUGAGUUAGUCUUUCCCUGACUAUUGUUGGACCAUUACUUUGAUUCUUCAUUUGUAUUCAUGUUAAUCUUGAUUUAAUAUUUCUAUAAAAGAAGGGCAAAUUGUUUUGCCCUUCUAAUAUAUAUUUUUUUGACGUUUUGAAUGCAUCUCUAAAUGCAUUUGUUGUCAGACAUUUAUUUUAUGGUGUAUGAAAAAUUCUUAGAAUUUAGUUAAAUCUUUCCACUCAGGAUCGGACUAACAACCCCCCCCCCCCCCCAAACCAGGUUGAACAAUAAUUUUGCCUGACUUAAAUGGAACAUCCAUGAAACAGGAAAACAAAUGAGUGGUAAUCAAGAUUGUUUAUCUUUUCUUUUUUUAUGAGUAGUGGAUUUUAGACUCCACUCUGAAAUGGAGAACCACAAGUUGUAUGGAACCAGUCUAAGGAAUACAACCUUUAGCUGAGUGGGAGUUAAUGAUUACAGUAUAACGGGCAGGCAGGACAGCUCAACAAGACCAGAGGAAAGCGAUUGCUGCAAGAAUGUCAGCUAUGUUGACCCAGAGGAUUUCUCUUCUGUUCUGAUGCUGUUUUAUGUCUCCAUAUUUAUAUAUAUAUUUUAAAACUCUAACCAGGGGCAGAGUCUCCAUUAUUUUGUUUUAUUGUUUGAUUUGUCUUUGUAUCAACUGAAAAAUGCACAAGGGGUGUUUGGUCUUCAGGCCUAGGGGCUGGAAAGUGGUCAUGCGUUGAGCUUUGUCCUCCAUAGCUCAGUAAUGAAACAAACAUUUUAUUUUAUUGUCACUGGCCUUUUUCCAUUUCGGUCCCUGAACACAAACCUUUUGGCGUUGCACAAGGUGUAGGGGAAGUGAUUUCGGAAGGGCUCCGCUCCAAAGCAGUGCUUUGACCGUAUCACAUAAACCGCAGUCCUAUUGGGUCUUAAAGGGCUGGAGGUUAUAUGUGGGCCCAUGUGGUAAUGGGCCUUAGCCUGCCUGUUAGGCGUUGGUGUGACACAAAGCUUUUGGUUUAACUACAAAGAUCAUGUGGUCAAUUUUAAAUGUUCUUUCCAAUGCCGCGCACACUUGGUUUUCAGCUUUGCCAUUGUUUAUGGUGUCACACACCUUCAUGUACUGUUUGAGCUGCCUAACUUAUAUGUAAAUAGCAGUUGCCUUCAUGUUACCCUUGAGUCAUUUUAAAUGUAUUAUAAUUUUUUUUUCCAUCUAUGUGUACUUUGAUUACUGCAAAAUGAAUUGCCUUAUCAAGGGCAUUGAAGUCCGACUCUAGACAUACACAGUUAUGUAACCUUGUUUGUGUUUAGUUGACCUUACUUGAACAUUGUCUGAGUAUGUUGGAUCUCUGUGCCACAAUCAGUAUGAUGUGUAACCAACAAGGAAUAAAAUACUUGUCAAUUA